AUGAGUUUUUUCGACCGACAGGGAGUUUCAGAGGACCUUCUCCGAGUUCAACGCGAGAUACCUAACGAGGAUUCGAGCUCGGAGGAGAUUACGUUUGACCGCUGCGACGAGGAUACGGAUAGUACAUCAGAAUCUAACACGGAUGAUGAGUUUAAUGAUGAUCUUACAAUAUUGAGAGACUUUUCAUUUAUUUUUGUUAGCGAGAACAUAUCAGUGUUCACGAUGCACCGGCUAGUGCAACUUACUGUGCGUGUGUGGCUGAAAACCAAUGGAGAAAUCGAGCGAUGGAAGGAGGAAUUUAUCACGAGACUAUACCAAAGGUUUCCGACCGGUAAAUAUGAAAACUGGGCACAAUGCCGGUCCCUGUUUCCACAUAUGAAAUCAGCGGAGUCACAACGACCAGGAUCACAAGACUGUCUACAUAAAUGGGCCACGCUACUUUAUAAGGGGGCAUGGUAUGCUCGGGAAAGCGGCAACAUUACAGAAUCAAGGGAUAUGGCAUCUAAAUCAAGGAAGGAGCGAGUGCUAAUGUUUGGCUUAGAGGGCGAACAUACCCUCAAUAGCACUGCGAUGUUAGCGAGCGUAUACCGGCUCGAGGGCCGAUGGGAGGAGGCGGAGCAGCUCGACGUACAGGUCAUGGAGACUCGCAAGAUAAAGCUCGGCGUGGACCAUCCUGACACGCUGACGAGCAUGGCCAAUCUAGCAUUGACGUUCUGGAACCAGGGCCGAUGGGAGGAGGCGGGGCAGCUUAACGUACAGGUCAUGGAGACAAGCAAGACGAAGCUCGGCGUGGACCAUCCUCACACGCUGACGAGCAUGAACAACAUGGCUUAUACCCUUAGGUCAUCGGGACAAUACACAGCCGCAUUGCAGUUGAUGGCCGAAUGUGUUCAGCUUCGCGACCGAAAACUAGGCCCUAACCAUCCGGAUACUUUAUCUUCCAAGUCUGCUUUAAUCGAGUGGCGCGGCAAGGUUGACUCACCGUCUUCCCAGCUCACUAAACCAUCGACGGACACCAAAGAGGCCUCAAUCCUCGACAGUUCCUCAGAAACUCCCAAGCGAGUUUCUAGACCUGAAAGACAUCAUAGGCGGACAAUAUUCUUACGCCUCUUUGGCAGAAAGUAG